AUUGUUUUCGAAUUCUGUAAGUACAGAUUACAAACACAAAAGACUACCCGCACACACAAAAUUGUUUCUUUUCUACAUCUUUAGCAAACUUAAAAAAACCGGCACCAUGGUUCGUAUGAGUGUAUUGAACGAUGCCUUGCGCAACAUCUACAACGCCGAGAAGCGUGGAAAGCGUCAAGUGCUUCUGCGCCCCUCAUCAAAGGUCAUUGUCAAGUUUUUGACCGUCAUGAUGAGACACGGAUACAUUGGCGAGUUCGAGAUCGUUGAUGACCACCGCGCCGGCAAGAUUGUUGUCGAGCUUAACGGUCGUCUUAACAAGUGUGGAGUUAUAAGCCCUCGCUUCGAUGUAACCGUCAAGGAGAUUGAUAACUGGACCAACAAUCUGUUGCCAUCUCGUCAGUUCGGAUACGUUGUGUUGACCACUUCCGCUGGUAUCAUCGACCACGAGGAAGCUCGUCGCAAGCACACGGGUGGUAAAGUAUUGGGAUAUUUCUUCUAAAGUAUAUUACCAGUGCUGUAUACAGUCCACAACAUUGGAGACUAAACAAUUGUGUAAAUACAUUAGAAAGAAAGAACUGCUGAACGGAAGGCAAAUGCUGUAUGUUAAUUAGCUUUGGCUUAUUUUGGUUGGUCUAUUGUGAAUUAAAAGGCUAUUGGUGCGGUUGCAUUCAUUCCUCUCUUGUGGCAUAUCGGAACGCUUUAGUUUGUAGGUUGGAAAACCGCGUUCGUCUGAUGCACAAGGCUGUGUUUUCGUUGUUUUCUUCUUGCUACCGAUUUGUCCCUAAUCUUGUAUUGGGUUUGUAGAAGUUCUUCGCCAUGUCACUGUACUAUGUGUGGCCUUGUGAAUAUAUGUACGUGUUCAAAGGUCUCGGGUGUAGUAUCUGGGAUAUUACACCCAGAUUGCGUUUGUAUUGAAGGAGAGACUCUCGGUCGGUUUCGAACUUUAAUCUAUCUUUUCGUACGGUAUAUUUCUACUAUCGUACCUGACACAAUUCGAAAUGAGAAACAUUGUCGGAUUUCCGGUCGAUGUUUUUCGCAUUAUAGUAUUAUUAUGAAGAGUAAUAAAGUCAUAAAAAUCUAG